UCGAAGGGCAGGACGAGCAUCAAGAAUCCAAAGAAAGGAAGCAGCAGGACGAGGUUGAGGACACGAAAGAGGACGAGAGAGAGGUGAAAGAGAACGAGGAGGAGGAGAACGACGAUGAGGUGCGGAUGUAUUCGGCGAUUCUGAGCCGCAAUCCGGGCGACGCGCUCAAGUGCGCGCUGUACGCCAAGAUGAGGCGCGCGGACUGGGGCGGCGCGCUGCGGUACUCGCGGCGGCUGCGUGACGCCGAGCCCGGGGAGGUGGAGUGGCGGCUGAUAGAGGCGCAGCUGCACGAGCUCAGCGGGGACCUUGCCAAGGCCGAGCGACGGUUCAGGGAGGUCCUGGCGCGGGAGCCCCUCCUCGUCCGGGCUCUCCAUGGGCUCACACUGUGUAUGCAUAAGAGAUUUGAAGGCCCUACUGUUUUUGAAAUGCUUGAACAUUCUUUGCAACUUGCGAUUUCUGAGAAAAGGGUCCCAGAAGAGCGCAACAUAAAGCCUUUGAUUGCACAAAUGCAUGUUGUGAUGGGUCAGUUGGAUGUUGCAUCUGAGAAACUACGAAAUGUCAUAAAUGAGGAUCCUCGAGAUUUUCGGCCUCAUCUUUGCCAGCGCAUUGUUUAUGCACUUUUAGACAAAAAAGAAGCAGAUGAGCAAUUUGAUAUAUAUAGAAAGCCUUGUGCCGGAUAAAUUUCCAGAUAAGAGUUUUAUUAAUGAUGUUAUCCUAGCAGCCAAAAUGGAGUCAAAU